GUAGGAAGGACUUCUAUCUGUUAGCUCUGUGGAUUCGUUCGGACUCCGUGCUAGGCCACGGCCCGGCUCACCAUGAACCCGCUUUCUGAAGAUGAUGAUCCGUAUGUAGUUGAAGAACCCAGCGAUGAAGAACCAGCUUUGAGUAGUUCUCCUUCUAGACUUCUCUGCCUUUGCUGGAUCUUUAUUCCAGUCAUGCUGUUUUCUGAAGAUGAAGUAGAUGUGCUUUUACAUGGCACUCCUGACCAAAAGCGAAAACUUAUCAGAGAAUGUCUUACUGGUGAAAGUGAAUCAUCCAGUGAAGAUGAAUUUGAAAAAGAAAUGGAAGCUGAAUUAAAUUCCACCAUAAAAACAAUGGAAGAUAAGUUGUCAUCAAUAGAAACAGGUAAUUCCUUAGGGACUGUGAAAACUUCAAUGGUUCUAUCAAAGUAUUAUGAUGACAUGUAUUCUGAUUCUGAUUCUGAGGAUGAAGAUACAGUAAUAACACAAGUGAAUAAGAAGAAAAAAAAACAACAGUAUCGGAUUCCAACAAAUGAUGAAUUAUUAUAUGAUCCUGAAAAAGACAAUAGAGAUCAGGCCUGGGUGGAUGCACAAAGAAGAGGAUACCAUUGUUUAGGAAUGCAACUCUCUCACCAACAACAGGCUGUACCAAACAGUGAUGCUGUCUUAAAUUGCCCUGCCUGCAUGACUACACUGUGUCUUGAUUGCCAGAGGCAUGAAUACUACAAAACUCAAUACAGAGCAAUGUUUGUGAUGAAUUGCUCUGUCAACAAAGAGGAGGUUCUAAGAUAUAAAGGCCCAAUGAAUCGGAAGAAAAGGCAGAGCCAUAAGAAAAUGAAGUCUGACAGUGAAGAUUCUACAUUUCAAGCAGAUAAUGAAGAAAUAUAUCACCCAGUAAAAUGUACUGAAUGCUCAACUGAAGUAGCCGUAUUUGAUAAAGAUGAAAUCUUCCAUUUCUUCAAUGUAUUAGCAAGCCAUACAUAAAAACAUUGUUGACAUUUUGCAUACCUGCUACUAUAUAAAAUAUACAUAUGGAAUAUAUAUUCCUCUCAAGAGGAAUACAUAGAGUUUGUACAAGAGUUUGUACAUUUAAGAAAAACUAAGAAUUCUAAAGAUAUAGAAUAAAAAAGAAAUCUAAAAUUAUCAUUUGAGGAAAUAUUUUCAGUCUUGAUAAGUGGUUAGUAAUUUUUAGGGUAGUUUGAUUGAAAGGUAAUUUGGAAGUCAUGAUGUUUAACAAGUAGUUGGAUAUUGAUUAGAACUGUUUGGAAUAAACAUUUUCCUGAAUUAUAGCA